AUGGAGUCUGCUGAGGCAGACAUCACAGGAUUGUACCAGGGCAUGUUCUCCAAAAUGGCCAUGUACCUGCCAAGCAAGCUGACAGCCACCAGUGAAGACUAUAAACUUCUGGAAAAUAUGAACACACUGACUAGCUUGAAAUAUCUAGAAAUGAAAGAUGUUGCAGUAAUCAUAAGUAGAAACCUAAAGGAUUUAAACCAGAAAUAUGCAGCACUUCAGCCUUAUGUGGAUCAGAUCACUUUAACAGAGGAGCAAAUAACAGCUCUUGAGUACACAGCUUACAAGUUGGACGCAUAUCCAAAGAAACUAGAAGUGAAGUACAAGAAGUCAGAGAGCAAUGAAAGAAUUCUUUAG